GUUCGAUCCUCCUCUUCGUGUUCUCGGGUUCCUAUUCUUCUGUACUAUUUCGUCACCCCCGCCCGAUCCUGUCUGCCUCUGCCGGUGACCGCUCGUUUUUUUUCUGAGCUGUCUCAGUAGCCAGUACAUCCAUGGAUAACGCAAACCUCUGGACCCGCAGAUCUAACGCUUCCAAGUUGUCUCUGUCGAUGACAGGGUCGGACGGCGCUAGAGUUGAACUUCCCCGCGCCUCGAAACGGUUUGGCCCAGAUAGCUCCCACGGUGGUCGAUCCAACCCUUUCAACGCCCUGUCGCCUCUAUCAGGCGGCGUCUCUUCUCCUUCGACAAACGCCUCCUCCGCAUUCGGUCUGGGCUCCGGUGCCUUCGCGUCUUUCGGAGCCCCCAAGACUCCCGGAGCUUCCGACGUCAAGACCCCUGGGUUCGAGAAACGGGAGAACCCUGUCGACCAGGAAUUGACGGCGGAAAGCGCCAAAGCCAAGGCCGCAUUCGCGAUCAAAGAACAUCCGCUCAAGUCCACAUGGGUGAUUUGGUACCGCCCGCCGACCCCUAAGUAUUCCGAUUACGAAAAGUCCACCGUCCCCCUCGCCGCGAUAUCCUCGGUGGAGAGCUUCUGGUCGGUCUACUCACACCUCAAGAGACCAUCUCUCCUUCCUACCGUCUCCGAUUACCACAUCUUUAAGAAGGGCAUCCGUCCUGUCUGGGAGGACGAUGCCAACAAGAAGGGUGGCAAGUGGGUGGUGCGGUUGAAGAAAGGCGUGGCGGACCGGUACUGGGAGGACCUGCUCCUGGCUAUGGUUGGGGAUCAGUUUGCGGAAGCGGGCGACGAGGUUUGCGGAGCUGUCUUGAGUGUGCGCAGUGGGGAGGAUGUGCUGAAUGUCUGGACUCGGAUUGAUGGGGGACGGAACAUUAAGAUUCGCGAAACUAUCAAGCGUCUACUCAACUUCCCCACCGACACCAACAUCGUCUGGAAGAGCCACGACGACAGCAUCGCUCAACGCUCGGCGAUCGAUCAGGCUCGCCAGGAUAAGGCCGCUGGUAGCACCGGGCACCACCAUCACCACCAUCACCACAAUAACAACCAACAACAACAUCACCAUCAGCAGCAGCAGCAGCAGCUGCUGGGGGGAGAUCGACGACGAGCCCCGACGACGGCUAGCGAGGAGUCCGACCACAAGGGCAAGGCCGCUUUGUCUUGAUCGCCAUGCUUUAUUCUUCUCUCUCUUUUCUCAUUUCUCUCUUUUCAGCCAGCCUGGGUCAUAUGGGUCCUGUAUAGUAAAAAAAGGAAACCUUUUUUUUCUUUCCACGCAAAACUCAUUGGGACGAAUUGGGAUC